GCCGGUAUUGCGCACGGGGAGCACAACACAUAGAGACUCUCAACUCCUCUCCUCCCCUCCAAGUUUACAUUCUUGUUUUUAUUAUUCUAAAGAGCAUUACUUUGAUGAAAGUAGGCUACAUUGUAAGUGCGUAAAGGAGCAACACGCUCUGAAGUGUUUGAUUGUUUGUUUUCUACAACAACUGGAAACGAAUCCACGAAUCAUUUUACAAAGCGCAUAAUGUCAGUUACGGGUAAACUCAUCCUGUGCUGUUUUCACGGUUGAUGAUUUUCUUGGGAAGCUUUGAGAUGGAGCACAGGCUCACGAGCACACGGUGGACACCGUUAACCGGGCUGGUGGUGUGCCUGCUGGUGUGCGCGUGUGUGGUGGACCUGGUUCUGGCACAGAUUCGGUACUCCAUCCCCGAGGAGUUGGACCACGGGGCUUUUGUCGGUAACAUCGCUGAGGACCUCGGUUUGGAUGUGGCCAAACUGUCUGCCCGUCGCUUCCGGAUAGUCUCCGGUGCCAAGAAACAGUACUUAGAGGUGAAUCUGGAGAACGGUAUUUUAUUUGUUAACGAGAAGAUCGACCGCGAGGAGCUGUGUGAACGGAGCCCGACCUGCUUCUUACAUUUGCAAGUGGUGAUCGAGAAUCCGUUAGAACUGUACAGAGUGGAGGUGGAGAUUUUGGAUGUAAACGACAACUCUCCCAGCUUCCCGUGGAGCGAGUUCAAUCUGGAGAUUACAGAGUCAGCGGCGCCCGGGUCCCGGUUCCCGUUGGAGAGCGCGCAGGACCAGGACGUGGGCACCAACUCGCUCCGAUCCUACCAGCUGAGCUCCAACGAGCACUUUGUACUAAACAUCCAGACACGUAAUGACGGAAGCAAGUUUGCCGAGCUCGUGCUGGGGACCCCGCUGGACAGGGAGCAGCAGAAGACGCACGAGAUGGUGCUCACAGCCGUGGACGGGGGGUCGCCAGAGCGUUCGGGCACGGCUCGCAUCACCAUCACGGUGCUGGAUGCCAACGACAACGUGCCGGUUUUCGACCGGUCUGUUUACCGGGCGAGCCUGGUAGAAAACGCACCGAGAGGGACUUUAGUGCUGAAGCUAAAUGCCACCGAUUUGGACGAGGGUGCGAACGGAGAGGUCUCAUACGCGUUCAGUGGGCACGCACCGCUCAAAGUGCGCGAGCUGUUCAGCGUGGACCAGUAUACGGGUGAGAUCCGAGUGAAGGGGAUUGUGGACUAUGAGAAAGCGAGUGUUUAUGAGCUGUAUGUGCAGGCUAAAGACAGGGGUCCCUCGGCAGUGGCCGUGCACAGUAAGGUACUGGUGGAUGUCUUAGAUGUGAAUGACAACGCGCCGGAAGUCAUCCUCACCUCCGUGUCUACACCUGUCCAGGAAGACGCGCCACCGGGCACGGUGAUAGCCGUUAUAAGUGUCAUGGACCGGGACUCGGGAGAGAACGGGAAUGUGGACUGCCAGAUCCCCAGCAACGUCCCCUUUCAGCUCCACUCCUCCUUUAAGAACUACUACACUCUGGUGACUAGUGAGUUUCUCGACAGGGAAGCCGUCUCCGAGUACAACAUCACCCUCACGGCCCGAGACCUGGGCUCCCCGUCUCUCUCCACGAGGAAAACCAUCCUCGUCCAAGUGUCUGAUAUUAAUGACAACCCCCCGCGCUUCGCCCAGCCAUCAUACACAGUUUACGUGACCGAGAAUAACGCCCCGGGCGCAUUCAUUUGCUCAGUCACUGCUUUCGACCCUGAUUCUAAUCAGAACGCCUAUCUGUCCUACUCGAUUCUAGAGGGUCAGAUCCAAGGCAUGCCCGUGUCCACUUACGUCUCCAUCAACUCGGACAACGGAAACAUUUAUGCGCUGCGGUCCUUUGACUACGAACAGCUAAGGAACUUUCAGAUACGUGUGCAGGCGCAGGACGCCGGUUUCCCUCCGCUCAGCAGCAAUGUCACGGUAAAUGUGUUCGUUUUGGACCAGAAUGAUAAUGCUCCGGUUAUCGUGUCCCCAUUGCCCAAGAACGGGACCGUGGCGACAGAGGUAGUCCCGAGGUCAGUGGAUGCGGGGCACUUAGUCGCCAAGAUCACUGCGCUGGAUGCGGACGCAGGACAGAACUCGCGCCUCUCCUACCAGGUGCUCCAGGCUACGGACCCGGGGCUGGUUAGUGUCGCCCUCUACACGGGAGAAAUAAGGACGAUUCGCCGGUUCGUGGAUAAGGACGCUACGAGGCAGAGAGUCGUCAUCUUGGUCAAGGACAACGGGCAGCCGCCUCUCUCCGCCACCGUCUCUAUCCUCCUCUCCGUGGUUGACAAUGUGCCGGAGUCCCUGUCUGAUUUCGGCGACCUCACUCUGAGCCCCCAGCCCCCCUCCAACCUCGCCCUCUACUUGAUCGUGUCACUGAGCACCAUCUCGCUAAUCUUCCUGGUGGCUAUUAUCGUCCUGGCUGCGGUCAAGUGUUACAAGGACAGAGAGACCAUCAGUGGGUAUAACCUCCCCCCCUUCGCCUGCUGCUGUUGCGGGGGCUUCCAACCAGAGCCGCCCCCGGAGGUGUUCAAGAAAUCUAACCUAAACCUGCAGAUCUCCACCGGGGCGAAGGUGCCCACCAACUGCAUGGAGGUCAAUGGCAACGGUACUCUGUCCCAAGCCUACUGUUAUAAAGUAUGUCUGACCCCCGAGUCAGCUAAGAGCGACUUUAUGUUCUUGAAGCCGUGCAGCCCCAUUAGCACCCCGAGGAACAACGAGGCAAAGGGGGCUGAUAACUUGGCUUGGAGCGCGCACCACCGGAGCUCAUCGGUGAAUAACCAUUCCGGAGCCACCACUCCAAAUGAGCUCAAGCAACCAAACACAGACUGGACCCUCACAAAGAACCAGAACUCCUCUUUGAAAAGCUGUAACUCUAUCAACAUGGAUGGCACUCUGAUGAGGAAGGCCAUGCAUGCAGACCCAGAGAACUAUAUGACACCCAUGACUGGCCAGUACUGGACCUGGGGCACCCACAUGAGGGACUACAAGAUGUCUCCUCCUGCCACUGGGCCUCCUCCUCGCUCUUGGACCCCCCGGUGCACCCCUCCACCCCAGCAACAGCCCCAACCCCAGCAGCCUCCUCUCCCGCCACACCCCCACCCUCAUCCUCACCCCCACCCACCUCCAGACUACCAGCAUAACGUGUACAUCCCGGGCACGCCGUCGGCUCUGUGCACCCUGAGGCCAGCAGCCACCCACCACCGCAGCGAGCUGGACGUCCACAACUCCUUCUCUACCUUUGGCAAGAAGAGACGCUUCAUCCACAACUACGAGCCCCAGACAGACGCAGCAGCAGCUGUCAUCAACAAUGACCUGUAUAAUGAUUAAUAAUGGGCUCCUGAGAGGGAAUGAGUGAGUGAGUAGCCUCUAUGGUAUGAAUGAGCCCUAUGUCUGCUAACAUAGUAAACAGACUAAGGAUGAAAGGAAUCAAUUAAAUAAGUGUACAAAUGCCGGAAUGAAUGAAUGAACUUUCGACCUCUAUAAUAAAGGAACGAGGGAGAUGGACUAAUGUUGAGGAGAUGAAUCUAAGAAGAGUGACCUCAUUUUUACACCUGCCACUGUUGGCCAUUGCUAUUUUUGACACAUUACUGCCACAUGUUUCCAACAGUCUGAUUUUCAAUGGAUUUGAGUCAUUUACCAGACGCUCUUAUCCAAAGCGAUUUAAAGGAGCAAUUAGGGUUAAGUGCCUUGCUCAAUGGAACAUAGACAGAUUUUUCACCUAGUCGGCUUGGAGAUUUGAACCAGCGACAUUUUGGUUACUGGCCCAAUGCUCUUAACUGCUAGGCUACCUGUAGCCCAGUAUGAUAAAUCAUCAUUAUUAAUUAUUGGUAUUAUGAUCAUUAGCAUUAUUAUUUUGACAAUCAGCGUGGAUCAACAGUUUGACGAGAAACAUACAAAUAGCCUAAGAUUGGACAGCGCUUUGCACAUUGUUAUAAAUAUGAAUUCUAUUUUUGAAUGUUUAAGAAAAGGAAAAUAAAUACAAAUAACCAGGUUGCAUUCAUUCACCUGAAACGUUUUAAAAUGUGGGGGUCUGUCAAGCAGAUCUUGUGUGAAUAUAUAUGAAUAUAGCCUACUUGUAGAUGCAAACUGCAAUUGUGAUGCAGGGGAUCCACAAAGACUUUAAACAGUCAACUACCCAACACAUAUACUGUAUAUACAUUUCUGAGAAUAAAGUAUUUUUUCUCAUA